AUGCAUUUAUUUUUAUCGCUAAACCGAAUUUUGUUUUUGGCUGUACCGGCAUUCUUGCUACUCUUUACUAAUGUCGUGAUCGCUCAAAAGCAAGUUGUUGAAAAUUCCGAUAAACAAUAUGAAUUUGAUGAUUAUCAAAAUGAUAUUGUUGCUGUUAUAGCCAUUACUUUUGGUCAUAUUAACUUGUGUGCAUGCCUUUAUGUGAUAUAUUCGGCAUUUAAAAGAUGGCGUGCAAGUUCUCUAUCAAUAUCAACCCGUAUUCCACUGUAUUUUGGAAUUCUUGAAGUGUGCCAAUUGACGAUACCUUCUAUCCGAUCUUUGGGUCCUUCUCGGUUUUGGUGCAUGACAGUUUCUAAGCAAGCGAACGAACUAUUAAUUGAUGGAUUUACAAUAUUUUGCGUGACUUUUUUUAUCACCUGUUUUUGUUAUCUUCAAACUCUAUCGACUAUAUUUAAUAUUGAUCGUGAUGAAAUGACCGAUUGUAAAGAAAGAAUGGAUAGAUGGAACAAAUUAGAAAGAAAAGCGACAAGAAAAAUUUUGAUUUAUGUCGUUAGUUUUAUGAUUAGAUGGCUACUCUUAAUCCCUUUUGGUGUUGGAAUUAUGUCUGGAUAUAAUUGCAUUUGGGUGCAUAUCACAGCUGUUAUUGCUUUCAAUAUGGGGGGAAUUGCUAUUUCGAUUUUAUAUUUGAUGAACGAAUGCCUCUCAGAUCACAAUUUGCAUCCAAUUUCAGAACAAAUACAUACAACUAUUACAUCAAAAAUAGAACAUCUAUCUGCUUUUAAUGCAUCGGCAUUAAACGUUUCUCCAAAAUCUAUUACUAUACCAAUGGCUGUUUUUAUUCCAUCUAUAUUCAAUCCUGAUAGUCCUACUACUUUUAAUUGUGACUCUAUUUAUGGGAUAAAUUCUUUAGAUAGUGAUAAUUAUGAUGGAAAAAAUCCUGAAAAGCAGCAACAGCCCGAUGGAAGUAGGCAAAAUAGGAGUCCAUCAGAUGAUGAUAGUUCUACACAAACUGACACUUCAGAUAUCGAAGAAGAGCUCUAUUUGGCAUUAUGUUAA